AUGCGGCGCACCACGCGCUCAACCACCGCUGCCCUCGCUGCCUCCGAGAACCAAGGUAGCCCGCAGACUGCGCCUGGCCGCAACCAAGGCGCCGCGGCUCUUUCGCGGAAGCGGCAGGCCCCGCAGCAUGCUCCAGACCAGACGCAGCCUCGACCUUGGCGGGCCGACGAAUGCGAAGAGCUGUGCCGCCGUCUCGGAGCGCUGUUGCAGGAGGGAACCUCCGCCACGAUCCCUGCGCGAUGCACGAUCACACCUUCGAGGGGCGAGUCACAGUUCGGCAUCGAUGCGGAGGCGACGUUCCAGGCUGAACCCUUCGUCGUCAAGUUCCGAGCGAGCCCGCUCGCAAAGACGCUGCCGAUGAUCACGGAUUCCCUUUGGGUGUCGGUUCACUCGACCGUGCCGCAGUGCAUCACAGUCGUCUUCGAUGCAGAGGGCACCGGGGCCUGGUCAGCCAAGCUACACAUCGCGAACGCCACCGACUUCGUCCGCGUGGUCGCGCUGCUUGAGGCCGUCCAGCACCCGACGCCGCUGCUCAACCAGACGGUGCGCACGUCGAGCGGCGACGUCGGCGUCGUCACCUCGAGCGCCGAGGGCGCCAACGUCGUGGUGACGGUGAUGCAGCCGUCGAUGCAGCCGUCGAUGCGCAGGCUGACGGUGCCCGCGGAGGCUCUCACCAUCGUCAAGUGA